AUGUAAACAAAUUAAAAUACCUCAACUAAUUUGUUGCUGUAAAAUAAAAAAGAAUUGUUUCAUAUAUAGCUUCGAAAGGAGAAGAGAGAGGAGAUCUUCAAAUCGAAAAGAAUCAUUUAAAAAUAAAACGAAACACCCGAACACAUCUAAUUGAAUCCUGAGUAAUUAGAUUAGUACAUCACAGAGUUGAUGAAAGAGUGCAUUGAUAUCUACAGAAACAGAUUGCCAGAUGAUUUUGAUAAGAUGCUGAACAAUUUAAAGAGAUUGAGGAAAUUACAGAACUUGGAUUAACGAGGGGAGGCAUUCUCUCUUUGUUUGUUUAAGAAUGAUUUUAUAGAAUAUAUUCUUGUUCUAUUGAAUGAGCAAUUCGAUCAUGCUUCUCAAUUAUAAGUGGAAGGAGCUACAAUUUUAGCUAAUUUUUUUGGUAUGAUGGAUAAAAAUUCACGAUUAUACUUUUCCUCAUACUUGCCAAUGUUGAAUGUGUUGAGUGAUGUGAUAACUAAGAAUUUUGGGAGAUUGCUAAUUUCAAAGAAUGCUCCAUUAGUUGAUUCAUGUUUGUAUGCUUUAGGGAAUGCAUUUUACGAUUAACAAAUAUUGGUUCAAAAAUUCAAAUAGCAUUUUGGUUUGAAGCAUUUACUCUAAGUAUCAAUGCAUUUGAACACAGUUGUUUGGGUAUUGGACACUCUGACAGGGAAUAGAGAAUUUCUGAACAAGGAGGAAUUGGAAUUGUCAUUGCAAAUUCUCGAUAAAUAAUUACAAUCAAAUGACGUUGAAAACUUCAUUCAUAGUUUAAGUGCCUUGAGGAACAUCAGCCAAUACCAAAUAGAUGCAAUACCGAUGAUAAUUGGUCUGACUUCCUUUUAGAAAAUCGUUGAGAUAGUGUCCCAAAAAUAGGAUCUGGUACAUCUGCAUUCGACUUCCUUGGAGAUAAUCUUUGCAUUGAGUACCAUGAACGACUACGAAUAAGUCAAGAAGCUGGACAACAAAUACAAUCUAAUGGAAGUCUAUGUCACAUACUUGUCUUCUUAUGAGAAGGAAUAUAGAUUGAAAUCAAUGAUAUCGUUGACCAAUUUAUGCAAUCUCAACGAGACCUUUGCAAUUCAGUUGUCUAAAAUGCCUUAUGUGAUUGAGAAGAUCAUAUCAAUAACUAUCUAGACAGAACAAUAGCAGAUUUUGAAUGGAGUCAACUUGAUCUACAGUAUGUUGCAAUACGAAAAGAUUGAAAUGAAUCAAAAUUUCAUCAAUAACAAGAUCUUAAGCUUGAUUUCACGCAUUUUAGAAUAUCUUAACAAUGACAUUCUAAUUUCCACUUUGAAAUCUUUGUGGAUCUUAUUGCAAUCCAUUGAAUAUUACACAGCAUCAAUUUAGAUCCCAGGAGAUGAUAAGAUUAAAUCACAAGUUUACAUGAUGAAUCAACUAAAUGUACACAACAUCCAAGACAAAUUGCUGACUUUAUACCAAAAUGUAAACAAUCAAGAAGUGAGAGAUUGGAUUGAUGAAUGUGUGAAUAUUUUGGAGAAGACCCAGAAUGAGAUUGAAACUUAUUGA